CUCGGCCGCGGAGGAGGUUAGUGCGCAAGAGAGGAGGAGCCGAGCGAGAGCGACAGCGACAAGAAGGCGCACGGGGCGAGUGGUAGGACCGGUUCCUCGCCGUCCACGUUUGUUCACUGCGAUACUCGCGGUGCAAGACGAUAACAUAAUCUGGAACAAAAACUCGGGGCACAAUGGGAGGUUUUGCGUGGGUGACACUUGCCACCAAUGAUUCUUAUUCUUUAGGAGCACUAGUCCUCGCACAUUCUUUGCGCAGAGUGGGCACUGCACACCAGCUGGCUGUGCUUAUCACCCCAGGAGUAACACCCUCUAUGAGGGAGAAGCUUGGAGCUGUCUUUGACUCUGUGACUGAAGUAAAUGUGCUGGACUCACGAGAUGCUGCAAAUCUUGCUCUCUUGGCGAGGCCUGACCUGGGAAUUACCUUCACAAAACUGCACUGCUGGCGCCUAACUCAGUAUGACAAAUGCUGCUUUCUUGAUGCUGACACAUUGGUUGUUCAAAACUGUGAUGAACUUUCGGAACGAGAGGAGCUCUCUGCGGCACCUGAUGUUGGCUGGCCAGACUGCUUCAACUCUGGAGUUUUUGUAUUUAAACCAUCCUUGGACACAUUUAAGUCUUUAAUGGAUUUUGCUUUACAAUUUGGAAGCUUUGAUGGUGGUGAUCAGGGCUUAUUAAACCUAUACUUCAAGGACUGGGCACACAAAGACAUCAGUAAACACCUGCCUUUUAUUUACAAUAUGUGUUCAACAGCAUGUUACUCUUACUUGCCUGCGUUUAAGCAGUUUGGCUCUAAUGCUAAAAUUGUUCACUUUAUUGGAGCCUCCAAACCUUGGAUUUGCCAUCUGGACUCAGAGUCUAGAUCUGUGCAAGCUCCUGGGGAGUUUAACCACGUGAAAGGCCUAUUGCAGUAUUGGUGGGAUGUUUUCUGUCAAGAUGUCCAUUCAAAUCUAUCGCCAGCUAUGCACGUUGACUACAGCUUCUUCCAGUCUCCGCACACUCACCCUGCACAUCAUGAACUAGGCCCUACCCUGCCCACCCACAAACCAACUGCGAACACGUUUGUUGAUCCCUGGGAGAAUUAUGUUGAAAGAUAUCAGCAAGAAGUUCAAAUGCAAAAGCAAAAGGAAGACUGGCUUGUUAUAUUGAGUCAGGAUGAAAGACAACGUGGUUGUGAGCAAGCUCAGAGUACUGAAAGUCAUGAGAUGCAUGAUGAACAUUUCUGGAAAAGCAGCUAUGAUGCUUCAAAUACUGACUUCAAAAAUCAGAGUACUGCAGGUGAUACUUCUAAUAAUUAUAGUAAUUAUCACUAUGAAAGUGAUCAUGGAUCCAAUUGGUCAAGCCAGGGAUAUGAACAUGCUGAAAGACCUCCAGAGGAACAUUCUGGACAUUCUACUGCUCAUGAAUAUCCUCCCCCUUCACAUUCCCCUCCCUCUAACCAUAACAACGACCAUAGCUCCCAAGGGCAAGUGGACAACAAUGAUUCUGCUGGUUUGGCAGGAGCCUUAGCCAAUCUCACUCUUGGAGAACCUCGCUCAGCUGAACAGACUGCCCUGGAAGAUCAGUGGCGACGCCAGGCCUGGGAACAGGGUCACAUCGACUACAUGGGUCGGGACUCAUUCGACAACAUCUGGAAGAGAGUGCAAGAAAGCUUAGGAGAGACGCCGGCGGCUGCACCUGCAGAUGUGGCGGUGGCCAUUCCAGCUGCAGCGGUCGCCCCAGUGCCAGCACCUGCCCCAGCGCCGGCACCUGCACCUGCACCAGCGCCGGCACCUGCACCAGCGCCGGCACCUACACCUGCACCUACACCUGCACCUACAUCUGCACCAGCCCUAGCGUCGGCACCUGUUGCAGCCCCUGCACCUGUGCCCGCUUCUCCACCCACCCCUACAGUAACGUCGGCCACACCCCCUACGUCACCCCCGGUGAGCGGCCCCCCUCAGCCGCAGCCCUCCCCCGAGGCCCUGAAGGUGGACCCGUCUCCUCCCGGCACUCCUCCCGUCGGCAGCCCGCAGGAGGCCCAGGGCUCUGAGCCCCUCGACCCCAACGCCCCCGUCCCGCCCAAGAGGAAAGGAUCGGGACCCUCUAAGGGUAGCACUAGUGAAUCUGGCUCCUACUGUAGCCUUGCUUAAGUCAUCACAUCCUGCAUCGACUGAUCACUAUCCUAGUCUACAAGUAUUUUGUUUAAGACAUUUUAAAAGUUACUGCCAUAUUUUCUCCUCCCUGUGCAAGUAGUCAUUAAUUCAAAUGUGCCAAAUGAGUGCCAUAUUUUGAAUCUCAAGUUCCUUCCUUUUCCUACCUAAUCAUCUCUGGUAGUUUAUUAAAUGUGGCGCUCCCAAUGAGCAUUGCUGAUUUGAGUGUGGUUUUUAAUGCUGCUCAUGGUUGUCAUAUUUUUGUAAUUGUUACAUUGCUCUAUAGAUUUUAUUAAAAUUCGUUAUCGGUGUUUUAUGUGGCCAUAAUUGUAGUAGAUAUAUUGUUUUGUAUGAAUUUUAUAUUUUAAGAAAAUUGUAUUGAUCAUUGUUGUUUCUUACAAAUUUUAAGGAAAUGUUUAUAAUUUUGGAACUCAAUUGACUGAUGGUGAGCUUCUUAUUGUGUAACUGGAGCCUGUGUUUCAAAUUUUCUACUUAUUGUGCCAUCUUUAAUGCAUAUGUAUUUCUUUAAGCUUCAUAGAUUUGUUUUAUUAUUUGUGUUGGCAUUGCCCAGGCCAGUUGAACCAUAAAUGACUGGCCACAAUAAAUGAUACUUCUCUUGCCUUCCACACUUGUAACGCUUACUUUGUCUAGAGUCUAGUCUGUUAAUCAUGCGACAAUAACAAUAGCGUAUGUGGGGAAGGACCUUUGUAUUCAAUCAUCAAAUAAAGUUAUCAUGAUGUCAAGUAUGUGAA